AUGGAAGAGCUUCGCCUGGCCGCAAGGGCAUACUACAACAACAGCUCAAGUGAUCUCCAAAACCUGGCCAUUAAUUUCUUUAGAUCAAUGGACGCCAACCGCGACGGCUGGGUCAGCUUCCAAGAGUUCACCCGGUUCCUUCGCCAUAACGGCUAUAACUGGGUCAAUCCCAACAUGUUCUCGCAACUCGACACCAACAACGACGGCGGUCUCGGCUUCUGGGAGGUCCUCACCUUCUACUACAUCAUCAAGACCAGGGCCGUCUGGUGCCGCGCCUGCGGUGCGCAGCUCCAUGGCCUACAUUUCACUUGCGUUGCAUGCUUCGACGGCGGCCAAAACACCUUUGAUCUCUGCGCUAGGUGCUAUGGAGGACGACAGUUUCGCCACCACCACAGGGUUUUCUUAGAUAACUAUAUUUUGCUGAGGAGCAAGAGGGGCAUUUCUCCGGGUACGAAUGUGAAUCUGGCAUUUACGCAACCUCAAACUAGUAAUCAAUCAAGUAGGAAUCAAUGGUUUAGAGCAUUGGAGUUGGCGGUUGGUGUCGGGAAUUUGCUUAAUGUUGGGAGUACUCUAGUUGGAUGCAGCAUUAUGUAA